ACCUUUUGUAACUGUUGAAUAAUGUUUUAUAACGACGUUGUUGCAGUAGCUCAUAGUUAAACUUGCAGGUUUUGUGUCGAGCACAGCCCGUAGGAAUCGCAAAAAAGAAAGUAACUGUGCCGCACUCUGCAGCUCCCUCCCCGGCUCUGGCAGUAAGAUGUCCCCGGUGCCCAAAGUGAGACUGUCCGGAGGUCUGGAGAUCUGCCGGGUCCUGAACGGGAUGUGGCAGGUGUCCGGGGCGCACGGAGCCGUAGAUAAAGCCAGAGCAGUUGAGGCCAUGCAGGCCUAUGUGGAUGCUGGUCUGACCACAUUUGACAUGGCAGACAUUUAUGGGCCUGCAGAGGAAAUAUUUGGACAGUUCAACAGUCAGAUGAAGUGCAGAUCUUCUGGGAAUGCCACCCCAGCUCUGCAGGGUCUGACCAAAUACGUGCCAAGACCAGGACCAAUGGACCGCAAGGUGGUGGAGAAGGCGCUGCAGCGCUCCAUGACCCGAAUGCAGGUGGACAGUCUGGACUGUGUCCAGUUUCACUGGUGGGACUAUAGAGACAAGAGAUACUUGGAUGCGCUGGGACACCUGUCUGAUCUGCAGCAGGAGGGAGUCAUACGUGAACUUGCCCUCACUAACUUUGACACACAGAGACUGGAGGAGAUCACCAGCAGAGGCAUCCGCAUCUCCAGCAACCAGGUUCAGUACUCCGUGAUUGACCAGCGACCUGCAGCUAAGAUGGAGCAGUUCUGUCUGGCCAACAACAUUCAGCUCCUCACUUAUGGCACCCUGGCUGGCGGUCUGCUCUCGGAGCGUUAUCUGGGGAAGACAGAGCCUAACUCUAGGGCGGAGCUCUACACCGCCUCGCUCUCUAAGUACAAAAACAUGAUCGACACUUGGGGAGGCUGGUGCCUUUUCCAGGACCUCCUUGUCACCUUGGAGACUGUUGCCAAGAGACACGACUGCUCACUGGCCAGCGUGGCGACGCGUUUCGUGCUGGACCGCCCUGCGGUGGGCGGAGUCAUUGUGGGCUGUCGUUUAGGCGUCGCCGGGGCGGGGCAGCACAUCAGUGACAGUCUACGUAGCUGCAGCCCUGACCUGAAGCUCACGGCGGAAGAUCUCGCCGCCAUCGAAGCAGUGACACGGCGCUCCAGGGACCUCAUGCCGCUCAUCGGGGACUGCGGGGAUGAAUACAGGAGCUAAAGGGGGAGGGGGGGAGAACGGCUGACUGGAUGUGACAGACGGGAUGAAGAGAAGGAAUAAAUAAGACAAGAGUAACAUCUCCCACAGCACCGUCACAUAGCGAAGAGGACUAAAAUCUCCCUUAAUUUCUUUGCCACUUUACUGAUCCAUAUUAGUUUUUGCACACAAAGACUGUGGCUGCUCCUCUGGUACAGAUUGUAAAAAGCAUCCAGUGAGCUUUCAUUUAUCUAUUCCUUUUACUUUUAUAACACUUGUGAAAAUGACUUUCCUCAUAGAAGUGUCAUUAUUUUUUAAUAUAUGAUGCAGUUAGGCAGACUGAACACUUCUCUCCUGCACCUCAUGCUUAUACCACUGAAGUGCUUUGUGGGGGAGAGAAACUUCUCAUUCAGGUUUGAAUACAGUUGCACUGAGAUGUAUAAACACAGUUAUCAUUGUUUACAUUAAAAUGUGUAGUAUGUCUUCAAGUAAGAGAAUUCAGAAAAGUUCAGUGUCUCAGUUGUCUAAGCUGUAAUAUAAAUGUGUAUUUUAUAAAACAUUAUGAGAGCUGGUGUUUUAAUUAUGGCCAUCAGAACUCUUUCUACUCAAAUUUAAUAUUUAAGUUGAAACUUUUUAUCUUAAUAUCAGCAUGAACAAAAAAAAAAGAAUAAAUUUUUUUUCAACAUAUUUGCUGUUUCCUUAGUGUUUAUCCAUUAAAGGAACAUUUCACCCAAGAUCGCAGUAAGAACGU